AUGAAAAGCACCUCACAUAAUACGAGGAACACUUCGGCUACAACUAGUAGUCAUAGCAGCAGCAGUAUUACUACUUCGGCUACAACUAGUAGUCAUAGCAGCAGCAGUAUUACUACUUCGGCUACAACUAGUAGUCAUAGCAGCAGCAGUAUUACUACUUCGGCUACAACUAGUAGUCAUAGCAGCAGCAGUAUUACUACUUCGGCUACAACUAGUAGUCAUAGCAGCAGCAGUAUUACUACUUCGGCUACAACUAGUAGUCAUAGCAGCAGCAGUAUUACUACUUCGGCUACAACUAGUAGUCAUAGCAGCAGCAGUAUUACUACUUCGGCUACAACUAGUAGUCAUAGCAGCAGCAGUAUUACUACUUCGGCUACAACUAGUAGUCAUAGCAGCAGCAGUAUUACUACUUCGGCUACAACUAGUAGUCAUAGCAGCAGCAGUAUUACUACUUCGGCUACAACUAGUAGUCAUAGCAGCAGCAGUAUUACUACUUCGGCUACAACUAGUAGUCAUAGCAGCAGCAGUAUUACUACUUCGGCUACAACUAGUAGUCAUAGCAGCAGCAGUAUUACUACUUCGGCUACAACUAGUAGUCAUAGCAGCAGCAGUAUUACUACUUCGGCUACAACUAGUAGUCAUAGCAGCAGCAGUAUUACUACUUCGGCUACAACUAGUAGUCAUAGCAGCAGCAGUAUUACUACUUCGGCUACAACUAGUAGUCAUAGCAGCAGCAGUAUUACUACUUCGGCUACAACUAGUAGUCAUAGCAGCAGCAGUAUUACUACUUCGGCUACAACUAGUAGUCAUAGCAGCAGCAGUAUUACUACUUCGGCUACAACUAGUAGUCAUAGCAGCAGCAGUAUUACUACUUCGGCUACAACUAGUAGUCAUAGCAGCAGCAGUAUUACUACUUCGGCUACAACUAGUAGUCAUAGCAGCAGCAGUAUUACUACUUCGGCUACAACUAGUAGUCACAGGAGCAGCAGUAUUACUACUUCGGCUACAACUAGUAGUCAUAGCAGCAGCAGUAUUACUACUUCUGCUACAACUAGUAGUCAUAGCAGCAGCAGUAUUACUACUUCGGCUACAACUAGUAUCAUAGCAGCAGCAGUAUUACUACUUCGGCUACAACUAGUAGUCAUAGCAGCAGCA